UUUCUAACCUGAGAUCUAACAGCACCUCACAGUACAAGCUGCCCAUGGACUCUGAAAGAACGCAUAGGCUUGAAUCUUGAGAGCCUACAGCUGAAAUUUCCUCCUGAAUUCUCAAGUCCCCCACCCCAUCCCCUGUACAGAAUAGAGGGACGGAUUUGAGAAGAUGAUUCUGCUUUGAGUACACUGAAACCAAAGAUUCCAUCCUUUUAACAUCAUCAAAAACCACCCAUUCAGAAAAUGUUCCAAGAAAAGAUACAAGAUAACUGCUAACAAGUGAAAAACCCCAAUGAUGAAAAGUACAGAUCCAUCCGUAUUGGAAACACAGCUUUUUCUACUAGACUCCUGCCUGUCAGAGGAGCUGUUGAGUGUUUGUUUGAAAUGGGCUUUGAAGAGGGAGAAACACAUCUCAUCUUUCCUAAAAAAGCCUCAGUGGAGCAGCUGCAGAAAAUUCGUGACCAGAUUGCCUUAGAGAGAAGCAGCAGAUUGGAUGGGUCAAAUAAGAAGGUGGAGUUGUCUCAGCAACCUGCUGCUGUCCAGUUUCCUGCGGAGCAGUCUGAGGAUCCUGCUCGAUUAACACAGCACUCAGGAAACCAACCAGGGCAGCUGCCAAGCCUGCCCUCUGCUCCAAUGGUUGUUGGUGAUUCAACCUUCUUAAAAGUUCUUCAGUCCAACAUUCAGCAUGUGCAGCUCUAUGAAAAUCCUGUCCUUCAGGAGAAAGCAUUGACGUGUAUCCCAGUCAGUGAACUAAAAAGAAAAUCUCAAGAAAAGUUAUUCAAAGCUAGAAAAUUAGAUAAAGGUACCAGUGUAAGUGAUGAGGACUUCCUUCUACUGGAGCUCCUGCACUGGUUUAAAGAGGAGUUUUUCUGCUGGGUGAAUAACAUUUUGUGCAGCAAAUGUGGUGGAGAGACUAGAUCUAGAGAUGAAGCCUUGCUGCCCAAUGAUGAUGAGCUGAAGUGGGGUGCAAACAACGUGGAGGACCAUUACUGUGAUGCGUGCCAGUUGAGCAACCGGUUCCCAAGAUAUAACAACCCUGAGAAACUUUUGGAGACAAGAUGUGGACGCUGUGGCGAGUGGGCCAAUUGUUUUACGCUGUGCUGCCGUGCGUUAGGGUUUGAAGCUCGAUAUGUGUGGGAUUACACAGACCAUGUUUGGACAGAAGUCUAUUCUUCUUCUCAGCAGCGGUGGCUGCACUGUGACGCGUGUGAAGAUGUCUGUGACAAGCCUCUCCUUUAUGAAAUAGGAUGGGGCAAAAAGCUUUCCUAUAUCAUAGCAUUCUCUAAAGAUGAGGUAGUUGAUGUCACCUGGCGAUACUCUUGUAAACAUGAUGAGGUGAUAUCCAGGAGGACCAAGGUUACAGAAGAGUUACUUCGAGAAACCAUUAAUAGGCUUAAUAAGCAGAGGCAGCUGUCAUUGUCAGAAAACAGAAGAAAAGAACUUCUCCAGAGGAUAAUUGUGGAGCUGGUUGAAUUUAUAUCUCCCAAAACCCCGCGACCUGGAGAACUUGGUGGAAGAGUGUCUGGGUCAUUGGCUUGGAGAGUAGCCCGGGGUGAAAUGGGUCUAGAGAGAAAGGAAACCCUGUUCAUCCCUUCUGAAAAUGAGAAGAUCUCUAAGAAGUUUCACCUCCGUUAUGAUAUUGUAAAGGACCGUUAUAUCCGAGUCUCAGACAACAAUGAACACAUCUCUGGAUGGGAGAACGGUGUGUGGAAAAUGGAAUCCAUAUUCAGAAAAGUUGAAACAGACUGGAACAUGGUGUAUUUGGCCCGAAAAGAAGGAUCAUCUUUUGCUUAUAUUUCCUGGAAGUUUGAGUGUGGGUCAGCUGGCCUGAAAGUAGAUAACAUUUCCAUCAGAACGAGUAGCCAAAGCUUUGAGAGUGGAUCCGUGCGGUGGAAACUACGGUCUGAUAAAGCUCAAGUCAACCUGCUGGGAGAUAAAAAUCUUCGUUCCUAUAAUGAUUUUUCUGGUGCCACAGAAGUUACAUUGGAAGCAGAAUUAAGCAGAGGAGAUGGAGACGUUGCUUGGCAACAUACCCAGCUGUUUAGGCAAAGCUUAAGUGACCAUGGAGAAAAUGGCUUGGAGAUAAUUAUAGAACUCAGUGACCUCUGAAAGCCUGAGCUUCAGGGACAAGCUGGCCACAAUCAGGAACUAGCCAUGGCCUCCAGUGGUGGGUUAGCUCAGUGUGUGUCUAGUUGGCAGUUCAUCCUGUCCAACAGGUUUCUUUUGCUGCCUAUACAUCAUGUAAUCCUCAUUAAAAUAUAUCUUCAUAGUGUGGACCAUAAGAAAUCUUCAAUUAAAAACUCACUUCUGCCUGUGAUUAAACUUUGACAUAAGAUGUGGCAUAAAAUAACCAUAUGAAGUUCUAAUCUAAAUACUGUUAGUUAAGUGUAAAAGGAAAUAAUGGUAUUCAUGAUUAAAUGCUGCUCAUAACUGAUAAAAAUCUGGGGCUACUAGUCACUUAACAUUUUCUGAUUAGAUUUUCAUAACAUUCUUAAUUUUGAAUAAAUAUGAAAGUCAAGUAUCUCUUAAGUUAUAUGCAUGAAGGUUUUUAUGAUUGUAAAUGUAUGGACAGUUAAAAAAUAAAGCAGAUUAUUUUGUCUUA